UUGAGAGCAGCUGUGUACACCAUCCCCCCCCCCACCCACAGCAUGGUCGGCAGUUUUAUCUAUUAUUAAGCUGUUCAAAGGCUAGUAAGAAAAUGGAGAGUAAGGUAAAGAAACCGAUCAAGAAGACCGGUGUUAAAAAGAAUUUGAAAGUCAAGUUGACCCCUACUACACCAAGUAAAGGAAAGAAAAUUAAAUCGGUGAUGGCAUUUAAUGUUGAUAACUUAAAGGGACAGUUAAAUGGAACAGUGCCUUGUAUACGUAAAAAAAAAGGUGUGAAAAAAAACGUGAAGAAAAAGGUGAUGGGAAAGAAACGAAAGCAAGUUUCAGAACAUCUUGAAAAACCACUAUCAAAGAAGCAAAGGAGGUUGAGGAAUAUAUAUCCUGAAAGAUGUGAUCCCAACGAAGAAAAUAUUGAUAUAGAACUCAUGUUUGGUGAGGAUAUUGGUGCUCUUCUUGUCCAAGACAGCCGGGAAGAAGGACGAAAGAAAUUUCAGUGGAUAAUCAGCCCACACACUGAAGAGAAUUUCUUUAGCAAUUACUGGGAGAAAAAGCCAUUGCACAUAAAACGCAGUGACUCAUUAUACUAUGACAACAUAUUCACCACAAAAGAUUUUGACAAGAUACUCCACGAGAGUAGGGUGUUGUAUGGUAAGAACUUGGACAUCACGUCAUACACUGAUGGAAAGAGGGAGACCCAUAAUCCCAUUGGGCAAGCUCAUGCACCAGUAGUUUGGGACUACUUCAGUAAUGGAUGUAGUGUGCGAAUGUUGAACCCUCAGACUUUCCAUCGUCCAGUAUGGCAGCUGCUUUCUUCGCUGCAAGAAUAUUUCAACUCUUUUUGUGGAGCCAAUAUAUAUCUCACUCCACCUGAUAACCAAGGAUUUGCACCUCAUUGGGAUGAUAUUGAAGCAUUCAUAUUGCAGCUUGAGGGGAAGAAGCAUUGGAGAGUCUACCAACCAAAGUCAAAAGAGUUGGAGCUUCCUGUACUCUCAAGUCAUAAUCUCUGUCAAGAUGAACUUGGCAAACUUAUUUUAGAUGUUACUCUAGAAGAAGGUGACCUUUUGUACUUCCCCCGAGGCUUUGUUCACCAAGCUAACACAGUGGGCAACACGCAUUCUCUCCACAUGACCAUCUCCACAUACCAGAAGAAUACAUGGGGACACUUACUUGAAAAACUGUUACCUCAAGCACUGACUACAGCCAUGGCUGAGGAUAAAGAAUACAGGCAAGGUCUCCCCCGUGAUUACCUAAAUAGUAUGGGGAUAGUCAACAUGGAUAAAGAUUCUCCAAGCCGGAAUGAUUUCAAAGCUAAGGUCAGCGAGUUAUUCACACGUUUGGGGAAGUAUCUUAGCAUUGAUGCUGCAGUGGAUGAACAAGGGUGCAGUUUAAUGCAUGAUGCUCUUCCACCUUGCUUAACACAAGAGGAUAAGAGUUGUAGUGUAUAUGGUAAUGGUGAGCGAUGGGGCCACAAGAAGCAGAAGGUCAUUGAUCGGGUAGAGCUCAGGCCAGACACUCCCAUAAGGCUUAUUCGAGGAAAUUGCUUAAGAGUGGUUGCCGAGAGUGACACUGUUAAUGUCUACCAUUGUCUAGAGAACACUCGUGAAUACCACCAGGAAGAACCACAGUUUGUAGAGCUGGUCCCAGAAAAUGCACCCGCUAUUGAGGCCUUGGUUCAUGCAUAUCCAAAGUAUUUGACUGUCGAGAGUCUUCCUUUAAAUGAUGAUGCCGAAAAGAUGGCAGUGGCCAGUGGAUUGUGGGAACGAGGACUUAUAGUGACAGCGACGCCUCUGAAUAUUGUUGACAAUAAAUAAGAACAUGUAAAAGUAUGACAAAAAUUUUUUUUAAUUGUUUUCAUUGUAGUAUUCAAGUUAUGGUAUUACUCUACAGUAGUUACAAUACUUUACAAAUUUUAUGUAUGACAAAAAUGGUCUGUUAUAUUUAAAAUCUUUGAUUUUAUAGAGAACUCUUCAGCAAAUUGUAAGGAUCUUUCAUUAUUCAUAAAAUCAUCUUCUUCUUCCUAUGGUGUUGACAGUUUUAUGUCCUUGUUUUGUUUGUAAUAACAUAAAUGCUUUCUGAAGUAAUAAUGAGUGAAUAAACUGGAUGGAAAGAAA